AUGUCGCAAAAAGUCUGGAAGAGAAAUUUUGAUGCUGGUCACGGCCUCGAGCAGGUCCUCGCGGCGACCAGGAACCCGGGCCCGGAGGUGCCGAUCCCGUCGCCCCCGGCCACUUUUGAGGAGCUUGCCGCCACCGACUUUGGCGGCAAGGGCUUCGUGCUCUCCUCCUUCACCGCCGCCGACGCCUGGGAGCUGGGCCACCUGAUCCACGCGCGCCUGCUGUGCUUCGCGCCCUCGCGCGUCGCCCUCGUCAACAUCGCCUCGGCCUCCGCCGGCGGGCCCACGCUGUACCAGAGCGUGACCGGCUCGGGCUUGCUGCCGGACCACGAGGCGUGGGUGCGGCGGAAGCGCGCGGCGGUGCUGCGCUUCGGGAUGAGCUCGUACAUGGUGGGGCGCAAGCACGGCGGCGGCGACGAGGCGCUGUUCGCGAAGAAGAAUGGGCUGGGGCCGGAGGGGGCGGGCGAGUACGCGAUACAUGGUGGCGGGGUGCCGAUUAGGGUGGAGGGCGCGGAGGGUAUUGUGGCGGUGGUGGUGGUGAGCGGGCUGAAGCAGGAGGAGGAUCAUGGAGUCAUCGCGGAUGUGAUUCGUGCCAACUGGGUCUAG